CACGUUGCUUGCUUCCCCGGACGGAUACCGCGAGAGUAUGCUCGGCCGCAGUUCGUCUGUAUUGCGGUGAAUGCAACUGUACGAGCGGCGCCUUCUCGCCAAUUCAUUCAAUUCCAGCAACCCAAAAAACAGAGGACAGGAGGCGGUCUGCGCUUUUACAUUGAACGGAGGACGACCACCUCUUUCUUACGGCUCUGCAAGCUUCCCUUUUAAAUUGCGACACAUACUGCUUUGGAAGAAACCAGCCUGAAACCUUGAACAAAGACUGUUGACAUCUAGUGGAAGCCAUAGGAAUUGCAAUCAGAUCACAAAAACAAAAAACAUUCUGGGCUCUGACACCUGCUCGUAGGACAUUGAAACUUUGGCAAAGAGCUGCAUCGCGCCACUGACCGCCCAGAGACGCAUAAAAGCAGAGAGAACUACAGAGAAGUAGCUUCCAGCUCUCACCCCUUUCACACGGCCACUGAAGAAGAGCCACAGAGUGCGCCAAUACUACACAACGGACAACAAAGGGAAAACAGGUGGAGCCGGAGCUCGGCAGCCCCGGCAGAAGCUCUUCACCAUGGACGUGGAUGAAGAGGAGAACAUGAGUUCGAGCAGCACCGACGUAAAGGAAAACCGUAACCUGGACAACGUCUCCUCCAAAGAGGGGGAGGCUGUAGCUGAGCAGCUCCCCAACGGCAGUGGCGGGGGCAGCAGGAAGCGCCCCUUAGAGGAGGGAAACAAUGGCCACACGCACUCCAAGUUCCGGGCCAAGAAGCGUAAGAAAACGCCAGGCCCGGUUCUACCCAAGAAUGCCCUUAUGCAGCUGAAUGAAAUUAAGCCGGGGCUGCUGUAUAAGCUGCUAUCUCAAACGGGUCCAGUCCACGCUCCCGUGUUUGUCAUGACCGUCGAGGUCAAUGGGCAGCUGUUCGAGGGCUCAGGUCCCACCAAGAAGAAGGCCAAGCUGAAUGCAGCAGAGAAGGCACUGCGCUCCUUUGUCCAGUUCCCCAACGCCUCCGAAGCGCACCUGGCUAUGGGCCGGACACUGACAGUCAACACAGACUUCACAUCUGACCAGGCCGACUUCCCGGACAUGCUCUUCAACGGGUUUGAGACGCCCGCACCGCCCGAGGACUCCUUUUACCUGGGCUCCAAUGGCAGCGGCUGCUUAAACUCGCUGGGAGAGUACUCCAUGCCUUCCACCCCAGGUGCUAACUUAGCCCAGGCCCUGUUGCCCCCUCCCUCAUCCUUCACUUCGCCCUCGAGCGGCAAGAACCCUGUCAUGAUCCUCAAUGAGCUGAGGCCGGGCCUCAAGUAUGACUUUUUGUCCGAGAGCGGCGAGAGCCAUGCAAAGAACUUUGUCAUGCAGGUGUCGGUGGACUCACAGCAGUUCGAGGGCUCUGGACGAAACAAGAAGCUGGCCAAGGCCCGGGCCGCCCAGGCAGCCCUCUCAGCCCUCUUCAACAUGCAGCUGGACCAGACGCCCUCCCGACAGCCCAUCCCCAGAGAGGGACUGCAGCUCCACCUACCCCAGGUCCUCGCCGACGCGGUCUCUCGCCUGGUUGUGGACAAGUUCAGCGAGCUGACAGACAACUUCACCUCCCCCCACGCGCGGCGGAAAGUCCUGGCAGGGGUCGUCAUGACAACAGGCACGGACGUGAAAGAGGCCCAGGUGAUCUGUGUCUCCACGGGCACCAAGUGCAUCAACGGCGAGUACAUGAGCGACCGCGGCUUGGCGCUCAACGACUGCCAUGCAGAGAUUAUCGCCCGCCGCUCACUCAUCCGGUACCUCUACGCCCAGCUGGAGCACUUCCUAAGCAGCAACAAGGAGGAGCAGCAGAAGUCCAUAUUCACGCGCUGUGACAAGCGUGGCUACCGACUAAGGGACAAUGUUCUGUUCCACCUCUACAUCAGCACCUCGCCCUGCGGAGACGCACGCAUCUUCUCACCGCACGAGGCCGGCAUGGAAGACCAAGGAGACCGACACCCUAACCGGAAGGCACGGGGCCAGCUGAGGACUAAAAUAGAGUCUGGGGAGGGGACCAUUCCCGUGAGGACCAGCAACACCAUCCAGACAUGGGACGGGGUGCUGCAGGGAGAAAGGCUGCUCACCAUGUCUUGCAGUGACAAGAUCGCAAGAUGGAACGUGGUGGGCAUCCAGGGCUCUCUGAUGAGCUACUUCACGGAGCCCAUCUACUUCUCCAGCAUCAUCCUGGGCAGCCUGUACCAUGCCGACCACCUCUCCCGGGCUAUGUACCAGCGCAUAGCCGACAUCGAGGACCUGCCCCAACAGUUCAGCCUCAACAGGCCUCUACUGAGCGGCAUCAGCAACGCAGAGGCGAGGCAGCCGGGCAAGGCACCCAAUUUCAGCGUGAACUGGGCGGUGGGCGACCUGGCGCUGGAGGUCAUAAAUGCUACCACGGGCAAAGAUGACAUGGGGCGCGCCUCGCGCCUCUGCAAGCACGCCCUCUACAGCCGCUGGGUUCGCCUGCAUUCCAAGCUGUCAUCCACACUGAGGAUCAAGGUGUCCAAGCCCAGCUCGUACCACGACGCCAAGCAGGCGGCGGUGGAGUACCACAACGCCAAGCAGACUCUCAUCAAGGUCUUCCACAAGUCGGGCCUGGGGGCCUGGGUGAAGAAGCCCAUCGAGCAGGACCAGUUCUCCCUCAACUCCUGAUUAGGGGGUUAGGGGAACCUCAUAACCCAACCCACUGCACCCCAAACCCCUCUCUAGGCCUGAGAAAGAGGCUCUUCAAAAUUACCAGCCACUGAGACUUUGUGUCUGUGUGUGUGUGUGUCUGCGUGCGUGUGUACCUCGUGCAUGCAUGUGUGUGUGUGUGUGUGUAUGUCUGUCUUGAGUGUUUCUGAGAAAUAACGCAUGUGGUUCUGGCCACCUCCCUCCGUCCCAAUCACUCUGCUCUCGUUCCUCAUGGCUGUGAUGUCAUCACUCUGUAAAACUUUCUUUUUUUUAAAUCGAUGGUACUCGAUGUUCAAUCUGCCCAUCUAAUCACGAAGUCUUGCCAUUUUUAACUGGAAUCCUUUUUAGUCAUUGUUGUUUUAUUUGCAAGACUUUACAUGAAGUUGUUCAUACACCAUGUAGUUACUAUAAACUUAUUUCUGUAACCAGAAUGUAGAAUGUACAACGAUUCUAUUUCUACUAUUCAGUUAAAUGUAAUCACACUAGUAUAAACCCAAAUGCCAUGUGACUUUUUAACCUAUUGUAGAAUUGUACCUUUUUAAUGUCUUAUUUCAUUACAAUAUAGCCCCUUUAUUAUAAGCACGUAUGAUAUUAUGCUAAAUGCAAAUCCAAAAUGUUGGUUACAGUCAUUCAGUCAUUAUUCAUUUGAAAUCUCUUCUUUUGGUCCCGUUACAUCUUAUUUAUUUAUUUGUUGGCAUUUUUGGUCAUUCAAUUACAUUCCCAUUCCGUACUUGAACAUUGAGCCCUGGUGGAGGCUGUCGACGAUUCCCCUCGAGUCCUUUGACCUGGGGGGGUUGAGGAGAGUUGUGGAUGUGCUGCACGUUUUUUCUUGUUGAAGUAAGCCAUGGCUUUGCAUGGGAAUGGUGUCAGAGUUCGGCGAGUUGAUUCGGUAGAGAACCACCAGGGAUCUGCUCGAGUGAUUUAUUUAUUUUUUUCUUCCCCCCCUGCACAUGGAGCUUUGAAUCAUGUUUCUCUCUUUAAUGUGUUUGUUUUGUUUCCUGGAGGGGGCUUGGUUUUUUAGUAUUGCAACUUUGGACUUUUUUUGUGUUUGAGAGAUGGAUUAUACUGCAACUGAAUAAUGACAGGAAUUCAGUAUUUCUAUCAAUGACACUGCAUAGGGGCUACAUUACACCUCCUUCAUAAGCAUAAUCCUCAUGGACAUUAUGCAUCCAUGCCCUGGGCAUUUAUAAAUGCUUAUGUCAACAACCUCGGAUCGAUAGGUCAUGGUCCUUGCCACACAAUACAAGUCUGGUGACAUAACACAUCUUAUGUCAAUCUGGGGUUGUUGUAAAGGUGUAAAGUAGGCCAUAUGGCAUGUAAUUCAUAGAGAGCUGGGAAAUGCAUGUCUCCAAGAGCUUAUGUCGUCAUUUAAACAACUCUUGUAAGCAACACGAUUGUUGAUUGCUCAUUGUGUGAGUAAACUUCCAAGGGAACACAAAGAAACGCAUGAGAGAUUUUACAAAGUUGAGUUUGGUAACACCCACCCACUCAAUGACCAAUCCGUGUUUUCUCAAUCCAAGUCCUAUUGGUCCGAUUCCCUGGGUGUUCUGUAAGCCCUCUUCCCCAUCCUCUCCCAUGUGUUCAUCUUUUCUAUUUCAACUAUUUCUACAACAUGAUAAACUCUGGAUGCCAGUAAUGACAACUUUCUAAUGUAUUAUCUGUGUGCUCUCCCUUAUAGGCUGGUCAUAUACCUCUAAUAUCAGCAUUGUACAUGGCCAGUGACAAACCACAAUGUAAACGGACACACUGCAAAGGAAUGAUUAGGUAUUCUUUAAGUUGGUGUAUUUUUAUAUCUGAUAUAUUUGGUUCAAAACAGCAGGGGAGGUGCUUGGAGUCCCAGCAGUGUGCGUAUUGUAUGUACACUACAUGACCAAAAGUAUGUGGACAAUGGCUCGGCGAACAUCUCAUUUCAAAAUCAUGGGCAUUAAUAUGGAGUUGGUCCCCCCUUUGCUGCUAUAACAGCUUCCACUCUUUUGGGAAGGCUUUCAACUAGAUGUUGGAACAUUGCUGCAGGGACUUUCUUCCAUUCAGCCACAAGAGCAUUAGUGAGGUUGGGCACUGAUGUUGGGUGAUUAGGCCUGGCUCGCAGUCAGCAUUCCAAUUCAGCCCAAAGGUGUUUGAUGGGGUUGAGGUCAAGGAUCUGUGCAGGCCGGCCUAGUUCUUCCAUACCGAUCUCAACAAACCAUUUCUGUAUGGACCUCGCUUUGUGCAUGGGGGUAUUGUGAUGCUGAAACAGAAAAGGUCUUUCCCCAAACUGUUGCCACAAAGUUGGAAACACAGACUCGUCUAUAUUGUCAUUGUAUGCUGUAGCGUUAAGAUUUCCCUUCACUGGAAGUCUGGAACUAAGGGACCUAGCUUGAACCAUGAAAAACAGCCCCAGACCAUUAUUCCUCCUCCAUCAAACUUUACAGUUGGCACUAUGCAUUGGGGCAGGUAGCGUACUCCUGGCAUCCACCAAACCCAGAUUUGUUCAUUUGACUGGCAGAUGGUGAAGCGUGAUUCAUCACUCCAGAGAACGAGUUUCCACUGCCCCAGUCCAACGGCGACGAGCGUUACUCCACUCCAUCUGACGCAGACUGAUGAUGUUAGGCUUGUAUGCGGCUGCUCGGCCAUGGAAACCCCCCCAACAAAGUUAUUGUGUUGACGUUGCUUCGAGGGGCAGUUUGGAACGUGGUAGUGAGUGUUGAAACCGAGGACAGUCCCGUUCUGUGAGCUUGUGUUCGCAGUUGUUGUUGCUCAGAUAUUCCCACUUCACAAUGACAGCACUUACAGUUGACCGGGGAAGCUCUAGCAUGGAAGGAAUUUGACGUACCGACACGUUUGAAAGGUGGCAUGCUAUGACGGUGCCACGUUGAAAGUCACUGAGCUCUUGAGUAAGGCCAUUCUACUGUCAAUGUUUUUUGUCUAUUGAGAAUGCAUGGCUGUGUGUUUGAUUUUAUACACCUGUAAGGAACUGGUUUGGCUGAAAUAGCCCGAAUCCACUAAUUUGAAGUGAUGUCCACAUACUUUUGUGUGUAUAUAGUGGAUGUCUAGAGUAAGGAGAUUGUGUGACACUGCUCGAUAAAUGUCAUAAAUGAGAUUGCUGUGGAAUCUGCACCAAAGAUGAUGUCCUUGUGUGUUUUUCUCACAAAUGUCUUUGAGCAACAACAAAGGAAAAGGGGGAAACAUUUUUAAAAACAUGUUUCGCACAAACCAAUUGCUGGGUAUAAUAUUGCAAUGUUUUUGUACUUUCAUUUUAUCAAUGUAUUUUUUUUAUUUGUAUAAAAUGAUGGGUUGUAAUUCUGUUGUAUUCCAGCUUUGUUGUGGAAUCUUUCUUGUCGGGCUCUUUCGGUAUUUCUGUAGCUGUCGAUUAUCAAGGUGUUAUUAUUGUGAACCUCUGUUCUAUUGCUAUGGAAAUGAUGCGUAUAGCAAUAUACUGGUUAAAAAUGUGAUGCCUGUGCAACUCUUCUUCCUUCACUAUCUAGUUCUUGUUCUCCCUCCAUGAAACUGCGGGGAUGUAUUUGAUUUGUUUUUAGUCUUUCAUUUGAACUCUUAAAGGUCCAAUGCAGCCUUCUUUUUUAAAUCUUAAAAUCAAAUAAUUUCUGGGUAAUAAUUUAAGUACCUUUUUGUGGUUAUUUUUCAACCACCAGCUAGUUUAAAAAAAAUAAACAAAAAUAGUGUAUUAGCAAAGAGAGGUUUUUUAAGCAAGAAUCUUGCUAGGACUGUCUGGGAGUUGUCUGAGUGGUGCGGGGAAAACUCGCUGUUAUUGGCAGAGAGGUUUGGAACUCUUAUUGGUCUAUUAACUAACUUGCCGCCUGUUGACAUCACCAGGCAGGCCAAAACUACAUCUCACCAAAACAGGCAGAAAUUGUAGGCAGUCUUUAAACCGCUCUAAUACUUAAAGGGUAUUAUCAGCAUUUUCACAAUUUCACAGUAUUAUUCCAACCUCAGUGUGGAAAUAUAUAUAAAACACGGAAAAUCUUGUUUUUGACUGUACUGGGCCUUUAAAAAAAACCUUGUUCCUGUUCCUUCACUGCAACGGCCAGAGAUGUGCUACUGAUUGUUGAGCAAAUGUCCUGUGUCGCUGUGUCCUUGUGAUACACGUAUGUUUUGACACGUCUCUGAAAGGCCUCUUUACCUCAUACCUCUGCAGUCACAUUGUGACCCCCCCCCCCCUCCCGAAAAGAUCCAGGUCAUGAGCAAUAUGUCCCCCAACGCCCCCUUUAAUGAGGCCCCUGGAGGAACGGGACCAGAAAGAAAGUCCCCCCCCCCUCUGUUUCCCCCUUCAUCGUGCUCUCUUUUAAAACUGACUGUUUGAAACUUCUUCUUUUUAAAGCCUGCCUGCUUCUCCAUAGUAUGGUUCUUAUUUUUUGGACUGCACUAAAGAUGUCAAUUGAUGAUGUCAUGACACAAACCGUCCCCCAAAAUGGACAGGUCGGAACUAUUUGCAAGAAACUGAACUGCUUCCCUAUGACCGAGUGCUCCCAGUGGUCUAUAAUCCCCUUCGGUCGGCCGUCCUGACCGCCUUGUGAUUAUUUGGUGACUGUUCAGUGGUCCACUCGGGGUGGUCAGAGGACUCUUCUACUCUCCUCUCACCCCACAUCCGCUGUGCAAUCUCCACCUGGACAACCAUCUUGCAUGUGCUCCCACACUGAAGCUGCACCUAAAGCAUGAAGACAUACUUUUAAAGUACUCUUAUGUAGAAAAGAACCCUGAUAAAUAGAUAUAUAAAAUGAAGAAAAAUAAUAAUAAAGGAGACCUUAGUUUAC